AUGGAAGUCACCAAAACCUCCGUCUUCGACUCCGCUCCCAUCUCCGCUGACGCCCUGGGCGCAUUCUACGUCGACGCCCUCGCCGAGAUCCAGAAUACCUAUACAAGCAAGGUGCCUCACUUGAGCUCUUGGUGGCUCAGCGCUAGUGACCGCACCACCAUCGAGAAGAGAAAGCUCGGCUUUGCGAACAUGGUUCACGCAAUGAGUGCUCAGCCUCGCUUCGCUGGGAUGAGCUUGGAAGUUGAGGUGGCCUUCAGAAUCAGCGCCUAA